AUGGCAGCACGCCGCUCUAGCUAUCCGUUCUCUUCCCCGAAUCCCACUGCAGACUCGACUCCUUCCAGGCCCUCGGUCUCGCGGCGUAUAACUGAUGUGAAUGGCCGGGGUGCCAAUGAUGAUGACCACCAGGACCAGGACCAGGACCAGGAACACAGCCAGAACCAGAGCCAGAGCCAGAGCCGGGACAAUGUCGAUGUCAAUCUCCGUGUCGAUACCAAUGCCAAUGCCAAUGUCAAUGCUUACAUCAGUGCCAAUCUCAACACCAAUGUCGAUGACGAUGACGACGAUAGCCACGACUGUUCGCCCACUGCUCUACGUUCCUCUGUAGCCAACGGUUCCUCAGAAGGUGAGACGCCAACGGCUGAGGCACAAGCCCAAUCGCAGCAGAAGCUUGUUGAAUAUCGGGGAAAGUUGAUCCGCGAUCUGGAGCUGCGGGACCUCUCCGCUCACGAACUGCACCUGGGCCAGCCCGAUAAGGCCCGCGUGGCACCCAUUCUUGAGGAUGCAGUCUUGAAUUCCCCCUAUCCAACCUCUACCUUUACCACCGCGUCGACCGAGUCUGGAAACACAAUUCGAGGAGGCAUGACCCCGGCACCCAUUGCAAGCACUCCAUCAUACCCUUUCCCUCGGAUGACUAUGCCGCCUGGAAGCCUUGGCCCGUCAGGUUUUCUUCAAUCCGCCACUCAACCAUCAGCUGCAUCAGGUUCCUCCCGCUCUCCCCAAGUGAUAGCCUUUGAACAUCGCGGCGUGCUUGAUAGAGUCCUAUCAGAGACGUCAACCCCGGCUUCGGUUUUGAACUUCCAACCAGGAACCACACCGCAACCCGACAACUUUGACUUCCCCACCCCUAACCUGUAUGAUCUCUCGUUAAUGCUUUCUGCCGAACCAGGCCUCGAUGCCUGGUGGAGCACAGUCGUCCAGGUUAUGCGAGAAGUGUACAAGGCCGAGCGUGUGACGUUGGCAGUCCCAGCCGAUACCACAGACAUUGAGAACGUGCCUUGGGGACAAAAGGCUACAUACAAUGAACAUGAGCAGGAUGACCUCAGUAUGGAAUACUUGGCUAGGGGCACCAGUGCUGUACAGAGUACGGAUAACGAUGCCAUCGAUGAUGUUGUCGCCAGCCCUACAGCUGGCACACCUGUGGACGGACCGAAACGACCUGGUUUCGUAAGCCGUCACUCCUUUACUAGCUUCGAAGAGAAUAAAGAGAGGUCGCAGGACGGACUAGUAAUGGCGGCACCUCGUCGGCCUACCUACUUGACGAGGAGUCAAACUCACACUGCAUCCAUCCACACUGCGGCAGCACAGACAAAUGACCACGCCAAGCUCAACAAAAGCACCCUUGAGCAGCAUGACUACAUCGAAGAAGAGCAACAGCAGCAACAGCGAGAUAUCCCCAGCUGGGAAGCGCCUUUUGCGGCCAAGUACAACGGCCAGGGCAGAGUCCUUCCUGUUCUCCAAGCUCUUGAUUAUGAGGCUGACCCUCUAAUUGACAACACUGGCGUCAUGAGAGUGUUGGAGCGCGGGCGACCUGUUGCCUUGACAAGGAAUUAUCCUUACUUGGCGCCAGCGACUCCGUCUGUACCACCGACGGGACAGGCGGGAGUCCUCAGGUCUGGCCCAAGGACGCCCGGCCAAGAGCUGCCAAAGAAACCUAAGAAUAAGAGAUCCGACUCUGCAACCAAGCUGACGUCCUUCUUUUCCGGCGCCACAGGUGCCCGUUCCUCCAUCAGAGCUAAGGUUCAUUUUGGCGACACCAUACUAGAUGACGACAGCCCAAGGCCGCCCACUCCAAAAUAUGAAGAGUAUGAACAAACCCCUCCGUCGCCGUGGUCGCAGUCUCCGGCACCGUCACCCGCAGUUAGGCCUGAUCCAAAAGAAAACCCCUUCUUCACCGAUGCUACCGUUGAUGAGGACUCUUUUAACCCCGACCCCACACCGACGGAUUACACCACGCUGCGCCCUCCUGAAGCUAUUGGCGUUGAUCACUCCUGGACGGUUCUGCAUAUACCCCUUUCAAACGUCUUGGCCUCUAAACUGCAGCCCCAUCCCUUUAAGCUUGAUGCCACCACGAUGCAGCAGAAAUCGCAUUCGAGAAGCAGCCAAUCACCAGAGAGCACCCAUCGCCACCAUCUUACGGAACCCGAGAGUCAAAAAAGAGACAAGCCCGCUCCAAUUGCUAUUUUAUCCAUUCUCAGCCCUGUCAUCCCAUACCCAGCCAACUUGCGGCACUCGCUAGAGCACCUUGCACCACAUCUCGCCACGUCUUUUUCGCUGUGUCGACACUAUACCAAUCUCGAGACAGAACUUGCCGGGCUCAAGCGAAGAAGACCAUCCACGACUGGAUUCGGUGCAGUCUCGGCAUACGGCCAGUCUGUGGAGAGCGCUGCUUACCUCGCUGCGGACGACGCGGCUGUUUUACAGCAAUCGUUGCCUGGGAGCAUCACCAGUCCAAGCGACUAUUCCGGUAUUUCUAAAAGUACGACCGGCUCACCGACGGGCACUCCCGGAUGGGAUUCAGGGGCUCUGAUUUAUCUUGCGGAAAGGCGACAGCCUGCGGCCAGUCCGGCGGGCAUCUCUCAAUCGUCAGGAGGGUAUUUCGGCAGCAAGCUUGCGAGGCAGAGCUCACAGCGGUCUCGAGCUGGAUCCAAGGAGGAUCCUUCGGGAGACGUGCGACCAUCUCGCUUGUCUGGCAAUAAGGCCCCUCAAACUCCCCAGGCUGCCGUGACGGACACCGACGAGUUGGCAGAUAAACACACAGGGAGCUCUGAUGAACCUAAUCCAAAGGAUGUUCACUCCCGAAAUAGCCUGGAUGGAAGUAUUGACCUUGACCCCUUGGUGGGCGAUAGAUACCUCGAGUCUUUGAAGUUCGACCAGGGUCCGUUGAAACGAAGUCACACUCUUCUGCACAGCUAUGGGGCAGACUUCGCUUCGACGUUCCAAUCACUUCCCCCCGGCGCCAGCCUACCCGGCCGGCCCCCGCUGUCAUCUAACCCAGGCGUUCUGCAGAGAAGCAGCUCAUUCAUCGCCUCAGCUGCUGACAUGCCACCACCUUCUGAUAAAUUGAAGGGCCUCAUACUGGAUUCGUUGCCGGCCCAGGUAUUCGUUGCGUUACCACAGACGGGUGAAAUUGUCUGGGUCAAUAGCCGUUACCUGUCCUACCGAGGACAGACAGUGGCAGAUCUAUCCGCGGAUCCUUGGGGUAGCAUUCACCCAGACGAGCGCGAUGAAUAUCUCAGCGCCUGGAGCCACUCGCUGCGAACUGGAGAGCAGUUUUCUAGUACGGUAAGAAUUAAGAGGUUUGAUGGCGCUUACAGGUGGUUUUACGCUCGUGCUGUAGCUUCCAAAGACAAGCGAGGGACUGUUGUGCAGUUCCUAGGUUCAUACCUGGAUAUUCAUGAGCAGCGCAUAGCAGAAAUCAAAGCAGCCCGCCAACAGGAGGUUGAGGCCUCAGAAGCGAAGCACCGCCUACUAGCCAACCUGAUCCCGCAAAUCAUCUUUACGGCAACGGAGGAGGAUGGCGUGACGUUUGCAAAUGAGCAGUGGCUGUCUUACACCGGCCAGAGCUUUGAUGAUGCGCUGCGCCUGGGCUUUAUGGAUUUUGUUCAUCCGGAGGACUUGGCCAGGUGCCGCAUUCCUGCUACGCAGCCCGCGUCUUCACCAUCGUCGUCAAACCGAAAGGACAACGGGAGCUCCAGCGCUAGUGACGCCACAAACACACCCACCGGCGUAACAAAGGAGCAUUCGGCGGAGCCUCUGGGCCAUGGGCGAAAAUCAAGCAAGCAAUUUGGCUCCGGCAAGGACGCAGGCUAUCAGCUUGCCAAUCCCGAGAUAGCAGAGCUCGCCAAAAAGGGCGUCAUCAAAGUGGGAACAGACUCCAAUGGCAGACUAUCCUACACGACGGAAGUCCGACUGCGUUCAAAGACUGGAGAGUAUCGGUGGCAUCUCAUUCGCUGUGUUGAGAUUGACACUAUCGACUUUGGCAGCGGCGCAAGUUCCUACUUUGGCUCUGCCACCGAUAUAAACGACCACAAGCUUCUUGAGGCGAAACUGAAAGAAGCCAUGGAAUCAAAGGGCCGUUUCUUGAGCAACAUGUCUCAUGAGAUUCGUACACCCCUUAUAGGGAUAUCGGGCAUGGUGAGCUUCUUGCAGGAUACCACGCUCAAUGAAGAGCAGCGUGAUUACACCAAUACCAUCCAGACAAGCGCAAAUAGCCUCAUCAUGAUCAUCAACGACAUCUUGGAUUUGUCCAAAGUAGACGCGGGAAUGAUGAAGCUAAGAUACGAAUGGUUCCACACUCGUUCGCUCAUCGAGGAUGUCAACGAACUCGUCUCGACCAUGGCCAUUUCCAAGCGACUUGAGCUCAACUACCUCGUCGAUGCGGAUGUCCCAGCAUGGGUGAAGGGAGACAAGGUUCGGAUCCGCCAGGUUCUACUGAACGUCAUUGGAAAUGCCAUCAAGUUCACGUCGGAAGGGGAAGUUUUUAGCCAGUGCAGAGUAUACACUGGGGACGACGCAAUAGUAGGAGAAAACGAAAUCAUGCUCGAGUUUAUCAUUACCGACACUGGCCGUGGCUUCUCUGAAGAAGAAAAGGCACUCAUCUUUAAGCCUUUUAGUCAAAUCGACGAGAGCAGCACUAGACAGCACGGUGGCAGUGGACUCGGCCUGGUUAUUUCAAGACAGCUUGUUGAGCUCCAUGGCGGCAAGAUGGAAGGGACAGCAAUAAUGGGGCAAGGGUCAACUUUCACAUUCACGGCUCGUUGCUCGCUUCCUACGCUCGAAGACCGGCCUAUAAUGCCCAGCAGUCCAGGGUCAACGGCGACAAUCGUGCCUCCUACAGCUGCCGAGGCUGAGCAGCGUGCCCAUGAUGAGAUGCUUCCUUCCCAUCCAACCCAGCGCGCCCACAUCAGGGAUGAUACAAGCUUCACGAGUGCCGGGUUUACUUCUCCCGGAGGCAAUUCAACAGGGAGCUCGAACCAAUCCCCUCACUCUGGCCAGUCGCUUGUUACAGAUCGGUCGUCCAUUACAUCGAUGAAUACGGGGCUGGCUCGUUUCAGCGAGGCUGCUAAAGCUAGCGGUCAAGACCUGUCACAAAUGAAGCUUGAGAUGCCAUCCGACCGGAGCUCAGCGGCGCGGAGUGCAACGCCGGACAAGAAACUGCUCUCUGAAAUAUUCCGCCCGCCAAUGUAUCUGAUACUGAUUAUCUGCCCGCAAACACACAGCCGUGAAGCUACUACACAACACAUUGAGAUGACACUACCAAAAGACGUACCCUAUCAGAUCACUGCUGUCGCUAGUGUUGAAGAGGCCGAAAAUUACAUCGGCGGUGAUGACCCGAUCCGGUUCACUCAUAUAGUCAUCAACCUAGGCGAGGCUGAGGAGGUCAUCAGUGUCAUGGACCAGAUUACAAAGUCUCAGAAGAUGGAUAGUACAAUGAUCCUGAUUCUCUCGGACUCGGUUCAGCGUCAGGAAGUGAUGAAAUACUCGUCUGGCACCAAAUUCGAGCAGCUUUUCUCGGAUAAUUUGGUCAACUUCAUUUACAAGCCCGUUAAGCCAUCGCGCUUUGCAGUCAUCUUCGACCCGGAUAGAAGACGGGAUCUGAGUACCGACUGGAAUAGAUCCACUGCACAACAAAUGCUGGAGAGUCAGAAGGCGAGCUCCCUAGAACUUCAAAAGCGUAUGGGUAACAAGGGCUUCAGGGUUCUACUAGUGGAAGAUAAUCCAGUCAACCAAAAAGUUAUGACCAAGUUCCUGAUGAAGGUUGCAGUCGAUGUGGACAUUGCCGUUGACGGAGAGGAGUGUGUCGAAAGAGUCUUUUCGAAACCUCAUGAGUACUACUCUCUCAUACUGUGCGAUCUCCACAUGCCACGCAAAGAUGGCUAUCAAGCCUGCCGAGAGAUUCGGGAAUGGGAACUGUCGCGUGGCUAUUCUCAGAUGCCCAUCAUUGCACUCUCUGCAAACGUCAUGUCGGACGUUCAAGAAAAAUGUGCUGCGGCGGGAUUCAGCGACUAUGUGACGAAGCCUGUGGACUUUAUUGAUCUCAGCAGGGCCAUGUCCAGAUUUUUCUAA